AUGGAGGGAGUAUUAAACAGUGGGCUUAGAUCAGAAAAACUGAUCUUAUUUGAGAACUGUUUUUAUGUUGUUCUUGUGCUACGUGUGCUAUUUUCAUUGACGUUUUUUUUGUUCGGUGGAGAGAUUUCUCUCGUUUCGUCUUUCUUCGGUAUUGUCGACCUAAAUUUUUUUUUGUUCUCUCCCAACGGCGAAUCGGCGAUUUCAUUUUCUUCCCGUCGAUAUUGUGCCGAUCUCAUCUCCGUUGUCUCCUCGUCUAAGCCCAGUGUCUCCUCUGUCUCCUCGGCGAUCUCUUCGUCUACUCUGUCUUCGUCGUAUCGCCAAGCUCCUCGUCUCCACUGUCUCCGGUAUCUUGCGAAGCUCCUCAGCUCCUCUGCAAGAGAUCUCCUCGUCUCCUCUGUCUCGGCUGGCUCGCAAAUCUCAUUUCCGGCGAACAAAGGCAAAGGAAAAGUUGUGAGCAACAACAUACGCUACGCUGAUGUUAAAUCUACUAGUAACCCUCUGGGAACAACAGGUACCACCGUGUCUCAGUGGAUUAAGAAUCCUCCUGUCUCUGUUGAUUUGCCAUCCACUAGUGAUCUGGGUAUACAAGCUGGAGUCUAUGGAGCUAUGAUGGUUUUGACUUACGUUAACGGUAGUUCCUUGGAGUCUUCUGGGAUGCCUUAUGCUGGUGCUGAUGUUCAUGGACUGAUACUGGCCAGUAGCUUUGGAGCUUCUUUAUACUUCAUGACCAAAAAGAAGGUCAAGCUAGGAAAAGCAGCUGCGUUAACAGCAGAAGGAUUAGUGGCUGGUGCAGUGGUGGGAUCAGCCGUGGAGACCUGGCUCCACGUUGAUGUGGUCCCGUUCCUUGGUCUCCAUUCCCCAGCUGCAGUGGUGAGUGAAUUCAUAGUCUUCUCUCAGUUCUUGGUCUCUCUAUGCUUAAGAACACUCAAAAGUAAACAACUCCUAGACAUCAAUCACUCUUCAUGCUCAUAUUCGAUUCCUUGGCAUGAUGCAAGGCCCUCUGACUCAGCUCUUGGAGGUGGCAGCAGACCCCUUCGUCAAUCUACUUCAGAUCAGAGCAUCUCAUCUCUCGCUUCUUUGCUGCUUCUAGUAGCACAGUUUUCACCAGCCGCUUUGCAAUUCCCUGAAUUCCAUUUAACAUCCAAGUUGUGUAUAUAAUACAUUCUCUUCAUAUGUCCUCUUACUCUCUCUCUCUCACUCUACAAAUGGUAGUAAUUGUAUAUUUCCUUGCGUCUUCUCUCUCUCUAGACAUCCAGACAAGACCAAACCCACAAAAACCAACUGCGGAGUAAAGCGAUUGGGCUACACAAUUGUCAUCUGCCUUGUGCGUUUUAAAUAGAGAGAUGAUAAAAUUAAGGUUGUUUUCCAUCAAAUAAAUAAAAACAGCAGCAUUGUAUGUAUCA